GUAUACUGUGAUAUGAAGACUGAUUGUAGUGGAUGGACUGUAUUUCAGAGGAGACAAGAUGGAUCUGUUGAUUUCUAUAGGAACUGGACUGACUAUGAGAAUGGAUUUGGUGAGCUUACUGGUGAGUUUUGGUUAGGAUUGAGCAAGAUUCAUCGUCUUACUAAAGAAGGAUCAAACACACAAAGAGUGGACCUGGGAGACUUUGAGGGGAACACAGCUUAUGCUAACUACUCUACAUUUAAUGUUAGUGAUGGUAGUACUGAAUAUAUACUAACAGUAGGAGGAUACUCUGGUACUGCUGGGGAUAGUCUGGCCUAUCAUAAUGGAAUGAGAUUCAGUACAAGAGAUAAUGAUAAUGAUAACCAUGAAAGUCUUAACUGUGCUCAGCACUACACUGGUGCCUGGUGGUAUAAUACCUGCGCUUAUUCACAUCUUAAUGGUCUCUAUUUUAAUACUGCAAAUGAUGAUUAUCGAGGAACUUAUUGGCGUCAUUGGAAAGGUGCAACCAUUAGUCUCAAGUUCUCAGAGAUGAAAACUCGUCGUAACAAUUAAAUACUGUCCCCCACACACAUAAGUGUGUUUACAUUGUGCUGAUUUAUUAUUAUGUCAUUUCAAUAUUGCAGUCUGUCAUACCUUGUAGUGAUUAUUAAUAA